AUAAAUAUGACAGAAAAGGAAUUCUCACCAAAUUCCAGCCAUUACAAGCUAGAGAGUUAGGGCUGUGAGCUCGAACCUACUCUCACCUCCGCCCAGCUCCACACAACCGCCUUACCGGAAAAUGGCUGGCACCUCCGAUCCCCAUGCCUCCGCAUUUUCGGCCGCAGAGCUGGAGUUUCUCGCGGAGGAUGAAAUGAUUGAAAUUGUGCCGAAUUUGAGAAUGGAUGCUCUCAAUUUCAUAUCUGGGGAUUUCGGUCCUUUUAGACCGCAAAUACCUACUCAAGCGCCACUUUGGUUGGCUGUUGCCUUGAAGAAGAGAGGGAAGUGCACAAUUCGAGCUCCAGAGUGGAUGUCGGUUGAUAAGUUAACACAAGUACUGGAAGCAGAGCGAGAUUCUGAUAAGUUUCAGCCUUUGCCAUUUCACUAUGUAGAAAUAUCAAGGCUUCUUUUUGAUCAUGCACAGGGCGAUAUUCCUGAUACCUACAUGGUAAGGUCCCUCAUUGAGGACAUCAAGGACGUGAGGUUUCAUAAGAUCGGGAAAGGUUUGGAGUCUAUCUCAGGGGGAGGUACUUUUGCGCUGAAGCUCAAGAACUUGUCUGCAAUGGAAGCAAAUAUAGUGCGCCCAUUUGUUACAAGAGCUCUGGAGACAUUUUACAAGCUUAGUAGUUCUGAUAUGAUUCAAGAAACAGACAACGCUCCUAAUAGACAACAAACAGCCAAUCGUGGGCCAAGACGGCAACUGAAGGAUAGAUGAUUCCAAUCCGUGGAGGUACUGUACAAAUGUAUUUGGAACAGUAUCAAACUGAAUGUAGUGAGUUCCUCUAAUUGGCUCUUAUAGUACUUCAAUUCCUUUAUAGUAUAUUCAUCCACAAUAUGUUUCUCCGUUUCUAUAA